AUGUCAUUCCCAAUUAUCCAUCUCCGGGCUGAGACAAAGCCAUUGGAGCGCCGCUCUCCGUUGUCACCCUCCACCGCCGAGACCCUCAUCAAGGCCGGCUAUAAAAUCUUAGUUGAGAAGUCCGCAGACCGCAUCUACGAUGACGAAGAAUUUGUCGCUGCUGGCGCUACAUUGGUCGAGCCCGGAUCAUGGGUUAACGCAGACAAAGACACCACCAUCAUCCUGGGAUUAAAGGAGCUGCCCGACGAUGGCACUCCCCUUUACCAUACCUUCAUCCACUUCCAACACUGUUUCAAGAAGCAGGACGGCUGGGAAGCCGCCCUUGCGCGCUUCCAAGAGGGUAGCUUGCUUUACGACCUCGAAUUCCUCGCGAAGAAUGGCCGCCGUGUUGCUGCUUUUGGAUACUGGGCCGGCUAUGCCGGUACUGCCAUCGCCCUCCUGUCCUGGGCCCAUCAGAUCCUGAACCCCGGCACUCCCCAAGGCCCCGUCCCCGUUUUCAACUCAGCCCCCGAGCUGGUUACCUACGUCAAGGACGCUAUUCAGGGGGCCAUCGCCGCCAACAAGAACGAGAAGCCCCGCAUCAUCGUCAUCGGCGCCAAGGGCCGCUGCGGCAGCGGGGCUGUCAAGUUCGCUAGCGACGCCGGCCUCGAGGAUAUUCUGCAGUGGGACAUGGACGAGACUGCCAAGGGCGGCCCAUUCCCCGAAAUUGCCGAGUCCGACAUCUUCGUCAACUGUGUCUACCUGACCCAGAAGCUUCCCCCUUUCACUACCUUUGAGGCUCUGUCUGGGCCGGAGCGCCGCCUGCGCGUUAUCUGCGAUGUCAGCUGCGAUCCUAACAGCGAAAACAACCCUAUUCCUGUUUACUCGACUUACAGCUCGUUCAAUAACCCUACUGUUCCUAUCGCUCGCGAGAUUCCUGGACCCGAGGUCCGUGUUGUUGCGAUCGAUCAUCUUCCUACUCUGAUUGCUCGCGAGUCGAGCGACGAGUUCGCUGGUGCUUUGCUGGAGAGCCUGCUGGCUCUCAACAAGCGGGACACUGAGCCUGUCUGGAAGGAUGCACAGAAGAUUUUCGAAGAUCGGGUCAAGGAGAUGAAGGCGUUGCAAUAG